AUGGCUUCGCAAAUACCCCAAAAGUUGAAGACGACGGACUUAACACGAUUCAUUGUCAAGGCAGCACAACUCGAGAGUGCGAAGCCCGUCAUAUCAUAUUGGUGUGAAUACUGGAUUGUUAAUCAGAUAAUCGCGAAAGGACUACAUAUUAACGGAGAUGCGGAUAUAUUGCAAUAUACCACAGCUCUGAUGGAUAAACUCGAGAGGAUCAAAUCCGAAAACCCAGAUAACGAUGCAAUCAUGGAUGAAACUGCAGGUCAGGCAUAUGUCGAACAUUUUGGUAUGGAGAUCUUCUCUAGAGCAGAUCGGGCUGUCGAGGCAAACAAAGUUACAAAACAAACUGCAGAUACAUUCCAAGCCGCAGCGACUUUUCUCGAGCUAUUGAAUAUUUGGUCACCACCUGACGCCGAAACACAAGCAAAGAUCAAGUAUGCGAAAUGGAAUGCUGUUAGAAUCGUAAGGGCAUUGAAAGAAGGAAAUGAUCCAAAUCAAUCGAACCCUAAACCACAACCAAAUUCCAAAGACGAAUUACCACCGUUGGAUCCAAAUGAUCCCGAGGUACAACUACUUGGAGAAUAUAAAGCAAGGCAACCAUCUGUGGAAGAGGUUCCAGAUGAGCAAUAUGGUUUGGAAUCAAGGUUAGCAAGACAAUCGUCCUUAGAUCGUUCUUUGCAUCCUUCUGAACAAGUAUCUGCUCGUGCGUCCCCCAACGUGAAACCGGCUUCUUUCAAACCAUAUCCUCGAGAUGGGUUCCCAUGUACUGCAGUUCAAGACGAUAACGUAUCGCCCCUUGAGCCAUCUCCGAAAGAUAGAGAUGGAUCAGUUGGUGGAGGAUAUUUCCCAACGGUCCCAACUUUUACGUCAGAACCUCGAGAUUCAACUCUACUAACAGCCCCGGCUUCAAGUAAUGUAUUUGAUCUUGGUUUCCCAGAUACAUCUUCGCUGGCAGCCCCUGGGCAAUCUCCCGCCGGGAUGAAACCCUCUCCAGACCUUCAAUCAUUUCCACCUCCAACCUUACCCGGAGAAACCCCAUCAACUCAAGACUUUUAUCGUAAACCUCAACUAUCAAAUUAUGGAUACGCUUCGCCUCAUAAUGAUCCACCCAUCUUUCAAUCCGGACCUUUCCAGCAAAAUACUUUCAUGGCACCAAUUGCUCCAAUUGCUCCAAUUGCUCCAAUUGCUCCAAUAGUGACGCAGUCUCGUGUACAAUUAAAAACAGACGAUGAAGCAAUUGCGAAAGCACAAAAGCAUGCAAGAUGGGCAAUAUCAGCAUUGAAUUUUGAGGAUUCGGAAACAGCAGUUAAAGAGUUGAGAUUUGCACUUCAAACUUUGGGCGCGGAAUAA